UGUUUAAAAACGAUUUUUGUUAUUUUCUUAUAAAUCUGGCAUCACGGUCACAUAUGUACUUACUUCACACGUGCAUAAAUAGUUUGUUUAACUCUCGCGUACGUAUUUUCCUUUAUUUUUUGUUUUGUUUUCCAAAGAUGGAAUUAUUUACGUCAACUCCUGGAUUCUGCCCUACUUGUGGUUCCAUAUUACCACCUUUGGAUAGUAUUACGGAUGUUGUUUGUUACAACUGUAAAAAAUCGUAUAAAGCUGAUGUUUUUGGUGAUCAAAUUGUCGAGUAUACAAUUCAUUUCAACAACUACGAUCCCGAAAAGAUUAUAAAGACGAAAGAAGAAAAAGACUCAGGUCCAGAUGGUCCAGUUGUGGAACGUAAAUGUUCCAAAUGUGGUCACGACAAGAUGUCAUAUGCUACAUUACAAUUACGUUCGGCCGAUGAAGGACAAACAGUAUUCUUUACUUGUUUGAAAUGCAAAUUCAAAGAGUCAGAAAACUCCUAGAUUAAUAUUUAGCUAUAACUUAUCAGAAAAUAAAUUAUAUUUUUUAUUAAAUA